AUGUCUGACGACGUCACCUUCGAUCAACUUUGGAAUGAAGCAGUCGACAAGUACAUGGGCACGACUAACAGGAGCCCCGAAGACAAGAAGCUCUUGUUGCGCCUGCACAAGGUCGACGACCUCUUCGACCAAAUCGACGAGGAGUCGAUUAAAUUCGGCACUUUCAGAAACAAAAAGCCCAAAUUCACCAAUGUCCUGAAGAAAGCCGUUAAGCCCUUCAUCGCGCUGUCCGGUAUCGCUCAAAGUGCCCUUUCGCUAACGCCAUUUGCACCGGCAUCGACCUUUUUCGGUGCCGUCGUUUUCCUUGUCAAGGCAGCCGGCGGAGUCUCGGAUUGCUACGACUGGAUUGAGGAGUUGUUCGAGAAGCUUGGCGGCUUCACGGAACGACUCGAGCAGUAUGUCGGUGGAGGAGCCAUGAAUAAGGUUUUGCGUGCCAAGGUCAUUGCGAUCCUCACUUGUCUGUUGGAGAUCCUUGCGCGCGCUGAGACCGUCAUGAAGACUGGUCGCUUCAAGAAAUACGGGGCUGUACUAUUUCUCGGGCAGGACGAUGAGGUCAAGGGAUCGUUGGGCAAACUUGGGAAGCUGUUCGAGGAUGAACGCGCGCUGGUCCAGGCCAUCUCUUACGCAACGACCCAGAGGGUCGAGCAGAAAACUAUCGAGAUUGACAAGACUACGAAACAGGCCUUGGAGGCUACCGAGGAAGCGGUAAAAAAGUUGGACGAUCUGUCCAUCUCUGCGAGGUCCUCCGAGGCCAAGGCGCUAUUGGACGAGAACUUGCUCACUGUGGCGCACAAGAAGAACACUGCCAUCUACCACGAGUAUAUCGAAUCGACGUUAGAGAAAACAGGCGACUGGCUCCUGAUCGACAGCACUGUCAAGCGCUGGAGAGAGAAAAAAAUGCCACUUCUAUGGGUAUCCGGUGGACCGGGCACUGGGAAGUCUUGCCUCUCCUCCACGCUCAUUACGUCUUUGAGGGGUGAGUAUCCUCAAGAUCCGAAGCAUCCGAACCGGACCUCAGUGGUUUACUUCUUCACGAAAGAGGACGACGACGCUCUGCGAGACCUCUUAAACCUGCUGAAGACCUUGGCCUAUCAAAUCGCCCAGAACGACAAUAUUUUUAGGAACUUUGCAGUGAAAGUUUUAUCAAAGCCAGACUCCGUGGCAACUCCACGGCUGUUGUGGAAAAACUUAUUCAUGGACUUCUAUGGUCAAGAUAGGAGUAUCUCAAACGCCGUCAUCAUCCUUCUUGAUGGCCUAGACGAGGCACCGCGAUCAAUGGUUAAAGAUCUCUUUUCGCUUCUCGAAGAGCUGACUGAUCGCUCGAAGUUCGGGAACCGCCUUUCUUGCGCUCUUUUCAGUCGUCCAGACUUGUCGGAAUUCUUGUUGCCCAAAUUCAGCCGAAUCAUGGCCAAGGUGGACAUAGGAAGCCGCAAUGAAGGAGACAUAGCGCAAUACAUCAAGAAGCGCCUGACAGACGUUCUCGUCGUGAAGCAGAUCAAGCGGCUCCGCGACAAAAAGGCCGCGGCGAAGCUUGCCCGCGAUAUCCGCGAGAAGGUGCUGGACAAGGCGGACGGCAUGUUCUUCAAGGUAGUGCUCAUCAUGGAUCAGAUUCAUGACAAGGAGCGCAAGAAUGCGGUUUUCGACGCUAUUGAGGAGGCGCCACCGCAGCUCGAUGCUAUGAUUGCGCAUGUUUUUGAUAAGCUGUUGCUUAAUGAGGAUGUGGACAAGGGGGACUUGAAUGAGCUAUUGCUUUGGGUUGCGUUUUCAAAGUCGUGGAUUACAGUUAGCCAGCUUUAUGCCGUGCUGAAAGUCCGGACUGGUCAACCAUACGAUGCUUUGGAGGCGCGCCUCCGGGGAAAAUUUGCUUCCAUUUUCAAGUUGAGCGGAGGGAGCGAGUCAUUGGUUCAAGGAGAAUGGCCAGCAGCCAACGCAUCAAAGCCUGAGGCAAGUCCCGACCCUGGCGUAGGUGACGAUGGUGGAGACGACGAUGACUUUGACAUCGACGAAAUUUCGGACGAUGAAGCGGAUGACUCUGGGGUCGAUGUUCAUGCGGGAAAACCUGCGGAUGAGGGCGGAAAGCCACAGCCCGUCGAAGAAUUCAGCGAAGAGACUUUCAAGCGGUUUACUGAUACCCAUGUUCGCUUUGCACAUGCCAGCAUUCGAGAUUUCCUUGUUCAACACCGCAACAUCAGCCUCGAUGCUCACACUGGCUCCAUGCCAAUCUACGUUGAUCCCAGAUUGGCUGACCUCCACAUAGCUAACGUUUGCAUGAAUCGCAUCAUCGAAUUUGGGACCAAUUAUGCUAACACAGGCAAAAGGCCAGACUUUCUCAAUUACUCCUGCCAAAACUGGAGCAGCCAUCUAACGUCAGCAAAUGAAGUUGGCCUUACGGACUCUGAGAAGGCUGACGCCGUGAAAACCAUCGUCACCCUAUUCACAGAUUCUACAGCUCUCAAUGGGCUGAUCAGAGGCAUGCUGGUCUGUCAAUACUAUGCGACGUUGCUAUACUUCUUCAAGGACGCGACCUUUGUAUCCAUGCUCAGGAAGUAUUGGCUCGCGACUGCUAAACAAGAGGACUUUUCAAGCGAGCAGUGGGAGUGGAUUCAGAAAUCGAUCGAAUCUCACAAGGAAUUUUUUCGACCUCUUGCCGCAACAGCUGCGAAGUUGUGGUUGAUGAGGAUUGGUCCUAAUGAUCUCUUCUACGAGAAUCGAGUACAUCUCAUGUCCUUCUCGUGGAUCCCGUGGGCCUGGGCUUUGUUGGAUGAAACUGGCUCAACAGGAGCGGAAGACUUGAACGUCAAUCCGCUGUUCUCCUACCAGUAUCCGGUGUUUGACGAGACGAUCUACGAGAAGGUAGUCAACAGCUUCGACAUCGAAAAAACGCAAUAUUGGUACUCAGCACACGGUUGGUUUCUAUAUGCCGCCGACUACUUCGACCGGGGGGCGGAGCUUUUCACAAAAGCACUUGAAGUUGACCCAACUUGCUGGGACGCUCUCGAGGGAUUCGGAUGGUGCUCGCGACGAGACAAUUUCGACGAAGCGACUAAGUCUCUGGAAAAGGCGAUGGAGAAUGUUCCAGAGAGCCUGAAAGUGUCCAGAGCCCGACUGAAGGCCAACCUCGUAGCUUUCCUACUGGAGAAGGAUGACUACGAAUCUGUCGUCAAGUGGGCAGCCGAGGACUAUGAGCCAAUGCCACGCGAAUUCAAUGCAGGUGCGUUUCAGAUGGUGUCGGUGUAUAUUUGGGCACUGUUCGCGCUACACGACUACGAUCGAGUGCACAAGAUCCUCGUUGAUAUGUCGCGACUUCCUACUAAUUACGGCAUGCCUAUGUUCCUAGGCCUCAACUACAUGUACAAGGAAAUCGGUAUUCCACUUUGGAUGCACCACGAUGCAGAACAGAUUGUCCAGCCCUGGAUUGACGCAGUCCUUAACCCUAAAUGGAAUAUAUUGGAAACGAUGCCGUGGGCAGCGGUCUGGUGCGCUGAGUUUAUGCUCAACUUCUACCCAACCAGCGACGCUGCGCUGGAGUUACUUGAGCGUAUCGCAGCACCCAGCUUCAGCGGGAAACUAAGCAAAGAGAGGCGCAUUAAAUUCGAAGAAUCUCGUGACAGUAUAGAGGAAUACCUCGCUGGUAUCUACACUGAGAAAGCGCGGCAAGCACACAAAGACGGCCGAGAAGACAAGGAAUUUGUGGACAAGCUCCGUGCCCUGGCUAUCGCGGACGAAGGUAGCAGCACAUACAAGAUCGCGCCCGCCGCUGUGCUUCUAGGGUCUUACCUGCGCGAGACUGGUGCCGCUGAGGAGUCAACUUGGAAAGCUUGUCUCAAGCCCAGGAUGCUUCAAGGCAUCGACCUGCUCUGCGACGACGACCUGGGCAACGACCUCCAGGCCUACGACGACCUCGUCAUUGCGCUUAUUGCCGCAGGUGAUCUCGACAACGCCAGGGCGGCCAACGUCGCGCUCGGCAUGGGCUUCACGUAUCCUGAUGCCGCUGAUGAGAUCGCAGAAUGCGGAUACCCGAAGGAAACUAACUUCUUCACCUGCGACGGGCCAUGCUCAACUGAUAACUACCAGAAACCAGGUGGUUACAAAGAGGUUUGGUACUGCACCUGCUGUUAUGACACCCAGUUCUGCGAGGAGUGUAUUGAGAUGGCUAAGAAAGGCGAGCUUCCGCUGAGAAAGUGUAAUAAAGAUCACCCGUUUAUGAAGUUUUUGCCUGUCCCAGGGGAGUUGAAGGAGAAGGCGGUGGUUUGGAAUGCGGAUAAUCCAGCGGUGGAGGUUAAUCGCGAGUGGUUAGAGAGCCUCAGGAAGGCUUGGUCAUAGUGGUGUUGGCAAUACCUUGGAUAUGUAAGGCGGAGAACUUAGAAACGGGGAUAGCUUCAUUACGGAAGCUAGAUCACGUGGUUCGUUUCGCCCUAGGGCUGCUUAGUCAGUACCCGAACCGCAACACGGUUCGACCAUGUAUUUAGUUGCGAUUCGUACAGAGUUUCAGAAGGUAGAAGUUGUUAAUUGUUUUCCUAACCUUGAGGGGCCAAUGGACUGAUUAUAUACAUUAGGUAUAUAAUAUUAUCAAGAACAAGGGGUUCGAUUGUCAAUUGCACGAGGUAUAGAGUUGUGUUGCGAAGAACAAUAUACCAAGGGCAAACUUCGAAAUCUUGCUAUAUUUAUAGUGCCAGGCUUCUGCGAUGCAUUAGCUGUGGACCGCCUCAGGAGCGCGAACGAGGC